AUAAAAUUGGCAACUAUGAGGUACAAGCGAGGUGUGCAAGUAGUUCGGUACGCAGAAUAGUACCUCGACAUCAGCCUUUGACAUUGGAAGAUUUCAGAAAACAAUAAUAAAUUCAUCUGACUAUAAAAGAAAUACAUAGUCCAAUAGCUCCAGAGUGACAAACCCGAUAGUUGUUGGGAUGUAAACAAAUCCCCGAGGCGAAAAUUUCGAGAUUGAAUUGAUUUCUUGACGGUGGAAGAUCUAGCAUGGGAUGGAAGCAACCGAGUUAUUUAUGAAAAUAUGUGGAGAUGAAUACUAAAAUUAUUAUUCAUGGUGAACCAGGGAAAUUACUAGGCAACACAAGAAGAAAUUGUCCAUAUCAGGUUCCCAAAUUGUUCAGUGACAUGGAAGAUGCUGACUACUAUAUACAGGCAGCCAAACGACUACAGAAGAAAAACAACGGAUACAAAUUAAAAAUUAUAGUUAUUCCGUGGUAUUCAUGUGUUAUGUUUGUUAUUUCAAAUAAACAUGAUAAUAGGUAA